AUGGUCCUGCUCUCGUCAUGGCUCUGGGCAUUAUCCUGCGCAUCUUAUGCGUUCGGGAAGGCAACGCUCGGCGAACGCGACUUUACACCGCUGUCCGCCGAUGACUUGGAGGUGCUCUCUGAGAUGCCUGAUCCCUCGCGCCAUCUCGACUCUACGAAUCCGGUCUCUCAUCUCACGAAGAUACUCAUCCCUCGAGCGCCUGGAACUAACAACAACACCUUCGUCCGCAACUACAUCGUCCAAACGCUCUCCGACCUCGGCUGGACAAUCGAGCUCGACACCUUCAACGCCUCCACGCCCGUCGGCACCCGCCCCUUCACGAACGUGAUCGCGACCAAAGACCCCGACGCCCCGCGCAGACUAGUCGUAGCAGCCCACUUCGACUCCAAGUUCUUCUCGACCUACCCCGAGAACCAGUUCCUCGGCGCAACAGACUCCGCCGCGCCCUGCGCCCUAAUGCUCGACCUCGCCCAAUCCCUAGACCCCCUCCUCACCGCGCGCGACGCACUCGUCGCAUCCGACGCCCUCCCGCCCACCGCCGACCUCGACGCCGCCGAAACAACAUUACAACUAAUCUUCUUCGACGGCGAAGAAGCGUUCCACGACUGGACCGACGCCGACUCCAUCUACGGCGCGCGGCACCUCGCCGCGUAUUGGGAGAGCCAGCCCCUCGCGCCGCAUAUGCUCAGCAAACGGCGGUUUAUGAGGCCCGGGGCGUCGACGACGCCGUUGGCGCUUAUCGAGCACCUCGUGCUGCUCGAUCUGCUGGGGGCGCCGCAUCCGCAGAUACGGUCGUACUUCCCCGACACGGCGUGGCUCUUCGACUCGUUAAUCGCGGCCGAAGACGCGUUGUUGUCCGCUGGGAUCAUAGGUGGCGAAAAUGGUGAAGGGCAAGCGAGCGGGCUGGGAAGGGAGAGCUUUUUUCAGCCGAGGAGGGCGGGCGAGAGGGCGUUGGGGUAUAUGGGCGACGACCAUGUGCCGUUUUUGCAGAGGGGUGUGAGCGUGCUGCAUGUUAUUGCGGAGCCGUUUCCGAGGGUGUGGCAUACGCUUGGUGACGACGCCUCGGCACUCCACCUCCCAACGCUCAGACGCUGGAAUCUCAUCAUGCGCGUUUUCCUCGUGCAGUACUUAGGUCUACAUCCCGAAGACGCGAAGAAUGCUCGGAGGGACGAGCCGGAGACGGAGAUGGAGAUGGUGGGGUUCGCGGAUGUAGACGAGCUCGUUGGGCGGGCCGAUUCUGAUCUUGUACUAUAG